AUGUCUUCUGUUGAAAUCAAACCAGAUGUUUUGGAGUACAAAUCUCCCCUAACCGAACAAUCGACUGAAUACGCCUCCAUUACGAACAAUUCGGAGCAAACCAUUGCAUUCAAAGUGAAAACCACAGCUCCUAAAUUUUAUUGUGUGAGACCAAAUGCUGCCAUUGUGGCCCCCGGUGAAACUGUACAGAUUCAAAUCAUCUUUUUAGGUUUGACUGAAGAACCGAAUGUAGAUUUCAAAUGUCGUGAUAAAUUCUUGGUCAUUACACUUCCUGCUCCUUAUGAUUUGGGUGACAAGAACGUCGCUGACAUUUGGCCCGACUUGGAAUCAGAAUUCAAAGAUCAAGCUGUCUCAAAGAAACUUAAAGUUAAGUAUUUGAUAAGCAAUGUUGCCCCUGAAGAGACCACUGUUGCAUCAGACGAGCAAGAACAAUUGCCAAGUCAAUCGGAACCAGUAAAAUCGGAAGAAAUAGAUAAAGAUGAAUUGCCAACACAGGUUCCUACUCAAGAAAACGAAAUAAAGAAAGAAACUGAACAAAUAAAUACCAACAAUCAAAAAACGGAGAAGAAGGAAGAAAUUAUAUCUCCAAAGGUGACACAAGCAAAGGAGGAGACCGUCAAUGUAGAAAAGGAAGCCGUACCAGCCACUAAGACUACUUCUGAACAAGUUAAGACUACUGAAAGUUCUAUGAACUUGGUCCCAUUUAUCUUAGUUGCCAUCAUUGCUUUCAUUUUACGUUGGUUGUACUCUUAA